CUAACUGCGCGGAUGCCUUUCUCUUAUGUAUUAAAAUCCCAGUGCACUGUGCAAAUGAGUUUCAUAAAACCUUCAAGUGACAUGCGCAGCUCUUCACUAUCACCAAUUGCUCAUUAUCAUUGUUUUUCGUCUACGAAAGCUCCAAGUGCAGCGGUCCUUAUAUAACGAGCUUUUUAACUCUUUCUCGUGCCGCGGGUCAGUUUCGGGAGUGACUACUAGUGACACACGAGAGGGUGUUGAUGUCUUCGGUGUGAUCUAGCGGGAAAAUUUUGAAAUCUGUGCGGCGGCGGUUUUUUAGUUUUGUGACGGUUCCCGACGGAUCAGUAGCAACGCUGUCAAGUAAAUCUAGGACCAACGAUUUGCCGCCUCUGCAGAUGGGAGUGUUUGAAGAAAGGCCUUCUCACACACCCGGGAUGCAUUGGCAGCACGAGCAGUACAUUGGCCCGGCGUAUGAUCCCUCUCGAGACCUCUCGCCGAAUCUUCCCUCGUGCGACUCGUCAAUGGGGGAUCCGGAUCAGAGCAUCUCCAGUGGCAGUUCUUGCAGCACUCCAUCCAACAACAACCACCAAUCGUGCGGAUCCGAGAUCUGCAGGCCGCCGCACGGAUCUUCUGGGCUGUCUCAGCUCCAGACGCAAAGGCCGCUCACUUCGCCAGAUCUCUGUAGGCCGCAUUCCUCUUUCGAACAGCAUAUACCAAAGAUAGAACCUUUACAGUCUUCCACACCUCCAGAGAGUCCUGCGGCUAGCUGCGUAGAAGAGAACGGUGCUAUUUGUGCUGGCUGUGGAACAAGAAUAACUGAUAGGUACUAUCUCCAAGCUGUAGAAAGGAGGUGGCACACAUCUUGUUUACAGUGUUGUCAGUGUAGAAGGACUUUGGAAGGUGACAACUCCUGUUUUUCCAGGGACGGUAAUAUUUACUGCAAAAAAGACUAUCAUAGGUUAUUUAGCAUGAAGAGCUGCGCCCGGUGCCACGUGACGAUCCUUUCCUCAGAACUGGUGAUGCGUGCGAAAGAAUUCGUCUUCCACGUUCAUUGUUUUUCUUGUGAAGUGUGCAACGCCAUCUUGACGAAAGGUGAUCAGUUCGGCAUGCGAAACGGCUCAGUGUUGUGCCGCGUCCAUUUCGAACUGUCGAUGCCUUCGGGGGGCAUCUACCACCCCCAUUACCCGCCCCCGUUUCCCAGUCCCGAUUUUCACCACCACCCCUCUCUGCCUCCGCAACCGGCGGACCCGAUCGGUAAAGUUCCUCCCUUCUUUAACGGCGCGCCGACCACGCCGCGGCAGAAGGGCCGACCGCGAAAAAGGAAGCCCAAGGACUUGGAAGGGAUGACCGCUAAUCUCGAUUUAAAUUCCGAUUAUCUAGACAUGCCCUUCGGGAGGUCGCCGGGCACGCCGGGAUUACACGGGUCGAGUCAAAGGACGAAAAGGAUGAGGACGUCGUUCAAGCACCACCAGCUCAGGACGAUGAAAUCCUACUUUGCGAUAAACCAUAAUCCCGAUGCCAAGGACCUCAAACAACUAUCUCAAAAGACUGGUCUUCCUAAGAGGGUGCUGCAGGUAUGGUUCCAAAACGCCCGAGCAAAAUGGCGACGAAUGAUGCUAAAGCAGGAAGGAAAAGCGGGGGGCGACAAAUGUUCCAGUGCUGACAGCAUGACAGACAUGGACCUCUACCCCCACGGACCAGGUUCCAUAGGCAGCACGAUUUCCAUGAAUCCCCACAGCCCCCCUUUCAUAAUGCCGCAGGGGAGUCCCUCCUCGCUAGACUGUUCCUGAGAUAGGGAGUGUUCUCCUUUAGAAGGGAUGAACAAUUCCGUGAUGCAAAGUAGCUGAAAGCGUAGUAUUUAUUGUACGGUAAUCAUGUGAUUGUGAUGGACUUUGACGAGAUGUUUUAAGAUAGGCAGGUGGUAAAAGAGAUUGCGAAGCGAAAGAUCAAGAGGAGAUAGAGAAAAAUUUACCGCAUUUUAUAUGAUCUGUAAUUAUGUGUAUUUAAAACGUCAUGUAAUUUCAAGUUGACAUUUGGAAAACACCUCACAUUUAUUUACUAUUCUAAUGUUUUGGCAAUGCUGUUUGGAUCUGACUAUCUGACGUCAGGAAUCUUGAAUGACGUAACCAUAUUUUUGUAGUAAUAAAACAUAUCUUGAAAAAACACCUCCAUUCGUAUAAAAUUAAAGAAAAAGGCGUAUAGCACAUGAAUACUACUAGUUUGUACAUACAUCUGAGACCGUGGUCCUUAUUAGAAAUCUGCUAACACACUAUAAAAUAAACAACGCAAAAUGCUAUGAAACAAAUCAUGUUUGGAAUACUGAGAGAAAAGAUCAGAAACACCGAGAUAAGACGUAGAAGUAAGACCAGGAAUAUCUUGGAAGAAAUUACAAAAAUGAAAUGGUACUGGGCAGAUCAUAUAGCCAAGUAUGAUGAUAACAGUUGGAUAUGGAAAAUCCUAGAACGAAGACCAAGGAGGACGAUAAAAUGCAUGGGAAGACCUCAAAAGAGAUGGGUAGAUGACAUUAGAUAGAUAGAUUGGCGCGUGCUAGAGAAAGAUAGAAAUAGUUGGGAGAGAUCGACAUUCAGGAGUAGAUGAAAAUGGUUGACGAAGACGAAGAAGACAAUAUAAACACUGAUAUGUUACACAUUGCUGAAACAUUGGUUUUCUUAUAAAAAUGCGAAUUUUAAAAAAAUUUUAUGCUAGCGCAUGAUGUGAAGCCUGGUAACACAGUAAGAGAAUGGUUUUUUGGCACAGAUUGGCAAUCAUCUGAUAGAUGCAGUCGCUCAUUCUAUAAAAGACGUGAGAGAGAUGUUUCACAACUCAAGAAGGAAACAGGUAGUUUGGGUCUUCGAAAAGAAAUAAGAUAGUACAUGUUAAUUAUUCGGUCAGUUGUUACAAAUGGAAGUGAAACAUGGACUCUACAUCGGUGGGUAACAAAUACGUUGCUAUUAUUUGAACGGAAGGUUCUCUGAAUGAUAUUUGGCACUCAAAGAUAUGAAUUAUUGACAGGGGAGUGGAAAAGGUGCCGCAAUGCUGACUUGGGUACUCUGUAUGGCACUGAAAACAUCGACAGACAUAUAAAAGCUAACCGGAUAAGAUGGGCAGGUCAUGUGAUAAGAUCAGAGGAAGACAUACUGUUAAAGACAGCAGUGCUUUUUGAGAAAUCAAACGGUACAAGAUCAGUAGGCCGUCCCAGAAAAACAUAGAAGGAUAAUGUUGAAGCCGAUUUCUCUAGGAUUGGGGUACAACAAGGAGAAUGUAAAAUAACUUGUGAACGGUGAAGUCAUCAAUAAUUCGCGAUGUGCGGACGAUACAGUACUCACAGCUUCAAGUCAAGAAGAUAUGCAAACACUACUUGAUAGUGUCGUUGAGAGUUGUAGGGAGGCAGGUCUGGAUCUGAACAUACGGAAAACCAAAAUACUCGUAAUAAGUAACAACAGCAUAUAAAACCGUCUAGAUAUAGGCUUUUGAUUAUGUACUAUAGAAAGGAACUACAACGUUAACGGGGUUUUAUUACUUCAUAUGGUCAAUGAAUCUCUAUAUAUGAAAA